UUGAACUGGGGUAGCCAGUACUACUACUCCAGCGAGCCGUUAAAAGAAUCUGAUGAAGAACGGGAUACGUUCAUCGCCAAGUUGGCCACUAUUAAAGACACCGUUGAACGAAACCUGAUGUUGGAAGAGAAACGAGCUGAGCUAAAUCGCAGGCUGUUGGCCGCUAGACGGCAAGAGGUGGAAGAAAAGAAAAGAUUGCAGGCAGAAGGGGAUAAAUUGCAGAAAGCUCUAGAAGCGCGAAAGGAAAACCCCUCUGCAACUGAAGCACAACUUGCACUCCUCAGGGAGACCGUCCUCAACACGAGACAAGACAUGGAAUUAAUGCGGCAGACCUUGCAACGUGGAGAAACACAUCGGGUUGAAUUUGAGAAUGUCUGGAAUAACUUCGUAGAAAAGUCAGCAAAGGACGUUGACCAACAUGUGCAAACUUAUAUCCAGGCUUUGGACGAACAUAUUAAUAAAGUCUUCACCCCGGAGGUCGUAGAGAAGAUUGUAAAGGGAGUUGGAGGCGACGAAGGAGAUGGAGAUGGCGACGGCGAUGAUGACAAGAAAGGAAAGAAGAAGAUUGGGGAUUCAAAGGGUCAACCUUCCCAGGAACACGGCCAGACUAACAAGAUUAAGCUUAAACUGCCAUGGACCUACAAUGGAAAGAAAGAAGAGAGUGUGUUGCACUGGGCGGCGACAAUUGAAACUUAUGUGUAUGGACAGCGAAUUCCCUACUGGGACAGGGUAUUGAUGGCAACCUCGUGCAUGGGAGGCGACGCCAUGAGCUUCGCCAUCUCGCUGCAAAAAGAGGCGGGAUGCAGCUCUAUGGUAGAGUAUUCACAACAGACCCGGUCUAUCCCUGGGAAAGACAAUCUCCUUCUAACCUUUGAAGAAGGAGGCGUCGAGACCAUCUCCUGGGAUCAGGUAGACUAUGGUCUCGAUGAACCCAACAGACCGGUAGCUCAGGAGGGGAGUUACGCGGCUGUUGCAGCCCGCGGGGGAGGGCGUCAAGGAAGAGGAUGUGGGCGAGGAAGAGGUCGCGACCGUGGUGGACGAGGAUUCGGCACCCAGAGGGGUGGUGGUGAAGGAAGCCACUACGUGGGAGGAAGGGGAAAUGGUCCCUCACACGGUGGCCGUGGGUCUUACUCCACCUGGGGUAGAGGAAGAGGCUCAUGGUACAACAAGUGGGAUAAGCCAUACCCACCACAUCCAGGCCUACCCGAAGGGGAGCCUUGGAAAGAGUUGGGAAUAACAGAAAAGGGGAGGCCUCCUCCAGGUACAUGUUGUAGGCAGGAGUGGCUGAGGAAAGGAGGAAAGAGGGGGAAGAUGGCAGGAAAUCAACGGCAGAAAACGAUCCUUGGGCUCUUGAUGCUUUUGCUCCUUGACGAGGAGAACCAUCAGAUACAGCAAAAGGAGAUGGAGGAGCAAAUUGCCCACGAGAGGGAGGUGUUUGAAGACGAAUACAGGAGGCGGAAGGAGUCUCUUUACGAGGAGUACCGGAGACACAUGGAGGAGCUAGCUGAUGCGGAGAGAACGGAGCUUCUCCAUCGCAAACGUGUUCGCUAUGCAACUGCAGCAUUCGUCGCAGCCAUAGCUAAAUCAGAGUGUAUCCGGCGCAAGCUAUGGCAGCGAGCUCGCUCGCAGGCUUGGUGGGACCGUUGUUGCCGUCCGUCUUUCACGGAGUUUGAGUUCCGUCACUGCUUCAGGAUGGGAAGACGGCCAUUCGAGUAUAUCUGCGACGAGCUCGCACCUAUCAUAGCGAAACAGGACACAAUGCUGCGUGCGGCAAUCCCUGUAAAUCAGAGAGUAGCGGUUUGUCUCUGGCGUCUGGCAACAGGGGAGCCAUUGAGAUCAGUGUCGAAGCGGUUUGGAUUAGGCAUUUCCACAUGUUCAAUCAUCAUGUUGGACGUGUGCAAUGCACUCAAUCGUGUUCUCCUGCCUCGGCACAUCCAGUGGCCAAGUCCUGAGCAGAUUCCGCGAGUCACGGUGGAGUUUGAGUCCAUGCACGGGUUGGGGCAGGUGAUUGGUGCUGUCUACACCACUCACAUACCCAUUAUAGCGCCAAAGCUUCACACCAACCAAUACUUGAACAAACGUCAGACCGAGCAGCAAACGAAACCUUGUUACACAAUCAUCCUUCAAGGGGUAGUGGACAGCAAAGGUGCAUUUACUGAUGUCUGUGUCGGCUGGCCAGGGUCGUAUUCGGACUCUCAGGUUUUGCAAAAUUCCGCGCUGUACCAAACGGCGUCUGCGGAGGGUGGCCUCCACGACCUGAGGAUGGUUGGCGGUUAUACUUACCCCCUUUCUGAGUGGUUGCUGACGCCGUACAGCGGGCCGGAGAAGCUAAGUCACAUGCAGCAGAUGUACAAUGAAAAACUCAUGGGCACAUUGAUGACUGCGAAGGUGGCCUUUGGCAGACUCAAGGGGCGAUGGCGAUUCCUCACGAAGCGUUCUGAGGUGAAAGUCCAGGAAAUGCCUGCUGUCAUUGGAGCUUGCUGUGUUUUACAUAACAUCUGUGUUCAAUAUCAUGAGCCCUUCGAUGAUCAGUUGUUAGUCCCGGCAGAGGAGGAUCUUGAGGGUGAUAUAUACAGCGGACAGGGGUCAGUCGACGCAUUGGAGAAACGGGAUGAGAUCGCGCAGGCCAUUGCUGACAGGGCGAGUACUUUGCAAUUUGGCGAGGGGCUGCUCGAGGCCGUGGCCUUGCUUUAGGUGUAGAGAAGGGGAAGGCCAGGUCUGUUACAUCUGAUGCCAGGUCUGCGAUGGCCAUCCGUGGAACGUAGAUCCAGAGCUAGCACAUGCGUACGCAUGUGCCUGAGAAGCCAGCUUAAUUCGCUCCUUUUGUACGCAUGUGCCUGAGAAGCCAGAUUAAUUCACUCCUUUUUCUUCCACCUUUCCCACCUCUUCUCCCGGGCCGUAUAAAGCCAUUGCUGGUUAGGAGCCCAUCCAGAGCUAGCACAUGCGUACGCAUGUGCCUGAGAAGCCAGCUUAAUUCGCUCCUUUUGUAUGCAUGUGCCUGAGAAGCCAGCUUAAUUCGCUCCUUUUGUAUGCAUGUGCCUGAGAAGCCAGCUUAAUUCACUCCUUUUUCUUCCACCUUUCCCACCUCUUCUCCCGGGCCGUAUAAAGCCGUUGCUGGUUAGGACCCCGAAGGCCUGUCGUCAAGCCAAUGGCAGUCGUCUCAUGUCGCUGUGUGUUGCCUUUAUGUGCUGAUGUGGAGGACCACAACGACAUGAGACAGCGAAAUGUGUGCUGAUGGAGAGAGAGAAAGUAAGCAAUGGGUGAGGGAAGGUAGCGUUGGGGAAUGAAGGCAGCGCCGCAUG